AUGAAAGAAAAGUCAUCAUCGAGAGAUAAUUCCACAUUAGAUGAUAAUGAUAGUCAAUCUCCACCAUCACGCCAUGAGUUAUGGAAGAGAGCACGACAAAAGAAAGGAGGAGAAUACACAUCAAAAUCUACACAAGAGGUUGCCCAAAAAAUUGAUUCUCUUGUUCAAGAAGCUGAAAAAGGUGCAAUUGUUCCAGAUGGACGUAACGAUAUCUUAUCAUUAGCCAUUGGAACAUCUGAGCAUGGAGGACUUGCUAAAUCUCAUCAAGUGGUUCAAGAAGAAGGGUUGAACCAUCAUGUGAGUUUCAAAGCCCAUAUUUCCUCUAGUGAAUUUAUUUAUGGUAAUCGAGAGUGA